AUGGUUAGAAUUGUAGCAAAGAAUGUUCGAAAGUUACUGUUGACUUCGUUGGCGUCUCGUGGAAUCACUUCGUCAAUUCAAUUGCCUGCUCUUAUUAAGCCUAAGUUCACCAAGUUAUUCAUCAACAAUCAAUGGCGAAAUUCGCAGCUUGGAAGAACCUUUGCUAUGUACAAUCCUGUGACCAAAACAAAAAUUGCUCAAGUCCAGGCGGGUGGGACAGCAGACAUUGACUUGGCCGUUAAGGCAGCCUGUGAUGCUAAUAAUUUCGGCUCUGACUGGCGCCGCUUGGAUUUUGCUGAUCGCGGACAUUUACUAAAUAAACUGGCUUCCUUAAUUGAAAGAGAUGCUUUUCAACUGUUUUGUUUGCAAACAAUUGACCGCAUUUGGGACAUUUUAAGUAUUAUGAAGAAAUUUGCCUUCAAACUCCCUCAAAUUGACAGUAAAGAAGUUGAGUACGAGUUGGGUCUUCAUUUGCCACAUCAGGAAGGUGAACAGAAAAAUCUCAAAAGAAAACAUUUGAAGAUGGAGAUUGACAUUAAAUCCACGAUGAACAUUAUCAAGAAGCCACUUACCGAGAAGAUUUACGGACUUGGCCCCUUUAAUUUUAAGUAUAUUUGCAUGUAA